AUGGCCAAGGGCAAAAAAAUCUCCAAGACUGCCGAGUCAACAAUAAAUACCUCAACAACCUCCUCCUCCCCGACCUCAUCCAGCAACCGCAACCCUCCAAAAUCCACCCCUUACCCCUACCUGCACGACGGCCUCCCCCUCCCACGUCUAAUCGUCCUCGACCUCGACUACACCCUCUGGCCCUUCUACUCCGACAUCCACAUCUCCCCGCCGAUCCGCCUCGUCAACACCACCACCACCACCAAUUCCAACUCCAGUCCCAACCCACCCACCGUCGCGGACCGCAACGGCGAGCUCUUCACCCUCUACCCCGACGCACCACAUAUAUUACGCCUCAUCUCCAAUUCCUUCCCCCACACCCGUCUCGCCGUGGCAAGCAAAUCUCCCGUAGGGGAUCUCUGUCGGGAGGUUCUCAAGCUAUUGCGUCUGCCGCCUCCUGCACCGGAGGGGACUGCUUCUAGUGGUGGAGGCCCGAAGCGGACGAUUGACGCGUUCGACGCCGGGCUGGAGAUCUACGAGGGCACCAAGCUGCGGCAUUUUGAGGUGCUGGCCAAGCGGACAGGGAUAGCAUUCCGGGACAUGCUUUUUUUUGACGAUGAGCGGCCGAAUCUGGAAGUGGAGAGUCUGGGCGUGACCAUGAGGCUUGUGCGGGAUGGGCUGACGUGGGAGGAGUUUGAGAAGGGGAUUUGGCAGUGGCGGGGGAAUCAG